AUGGUUUUGGAAACUUCCCAGAAAGAGAAUUUAGGGUUAAUGGAUUUUGUUGCAAUCAAUAUCUUGAUGUUGCUAUGUCUAAACAUUUUUACUCAUAGCUUCUGUAUCACUUGCAUUCAAAGUGAGAGGCAAGCUCUUUUGAAGUUUAAGCAAGAUCUGAUAGACACUUCAAACAUGUUAGCUAAUUGGACCAGUUAUGGAGAUUGCUGCAAUUGGGUUGGAGUUGUUUGCAACAAUGGCCAUGUCACUGGGCUUCAACUAGGACGUUCUCAGGGUGUAUGUGAAUCAAAGGGUAAAGCUGAAGCACGUGUCAGGCACAAGUUAGGUGGUAAGUUGAACCCUUCUUUACUAGAUUUGAAGCAUUUGUCUUGCCUGGAUUUAAGCUACAAUACUUUUGAACCAACUCCAAUCCCUGCUUGGUUUUGGAACUUGACUUCCAAUCUGCACUAUCUGAACAUCUCUGGAAAUCAAUUCCAGGGAAACAUUCCAGAUUUUUCCACAACAAGUCAUUGUUCUGUUGUGCUAGACUUCAGUUUCAACAACUUCACCGGUCCAUUGCUUACUAUGUCCUUUAAUGUCACUGCUCUAGAUCUUUCUCACAAUGCCAUGUCAGGAACUAUCUCCCAUUUUUUGUGCAUCAGAAUGGUUCAGCUCAUGAAAUUGGAAGUUCUCAAUCUUAGCAAUAAUCUGUUUUCAGGAGAAAUACCAGAUUGUUGGGAGAAUUGGCCAAAACUGGUGGCCAUAGAAUUUUGUAACAACAAUUUUAGUGGUGAGAUUCCAAGUUCAAUGGGAGCUUUAACUUCUCUUCAAUCCUUGCACCUAAGAAACAACAAUCUAGUCGAUGUAGUGCCCUCCUCGCUGAGAAAUUGUACGGAAUUGCUCACAGUUGACUUAGGUGCAAAUCAUCUCUCCGGAGAAAUACCACCAUGGAUGGGAGAAAGCCUCUCAAAAUUAAUCAUUAUCAGCCUUCAAACAAACAGGUUUCAUGGUCCCAUACCAGAAGAAUUUUGUGCUCUAUCUCGUCUUCAAAUUUUGGACCUUUCCCACAACAAUUUAUCCGGAAAAAUACCAAGCUGUAUCCGCAAUCUUAGUGCCAUGGUCUCAAGAAAUACAUCAGAUGGCAAGAUAUCUUAUAAAACUUCUAAAGGAUGCUUUUUUGACAGUAUGGUACUUGUGAUGAAAGGAAUGGUACUCAAUUAUAGCACUACCCUUAAACUAAUUAAAUUAGUGGAUCUUUCAGGCAACAAUUUAUCAGGUGAGAUCCCUGAGGAGGUGACAAGUCUGAUAGGCCUGACUUCAUUGAAUUUGUCAAAUAAUCGUUUGGUUGGAAGGAUUCCUGAUAACAUUGGUGACAUGGUAUUACUAGAAUGUGUUGAUUUAUCCACAAACAAUCUUUCUGGUGAAAUCCCAAAAAGCAUGGCUGAGCUAUCCUUCUUGAGUUACCUGAACUUGUCCAAUAACAAACUCACUGGAAAAAUCCCAAUGGGCACUCAGCUCCAAAGCUUCGAUGAAUCCAGCUUCCUUGGCACUGAGCUCUCUGGACCACCACUAACUAAUAAUUCUAGUCCUACGAUGGCCCCCAUCUCCAGAAACGGCGUAGCAGAAAAUGUGGGUAAUAAACAAGAAGUGAACUGGUUUUAUUUGACUGUGGAAUUUGGAUUUUGGAUUGGAUUUUUUGUUGUAGCAGCCCCUAUGUUUUACAGUCAGUCAUGGGAUUUGUUUAUUUCGAAUGUCUGGGCAAAAUUGCAUAUGAAUUUCGUGGCGUCUUUUCUGUACAUAACAGUGCGGCUUAAGAAUGAAAAAGAAAAGUUGCCAGUGAUGUUUUCACCUCUUAAGAAUGUUCGUAAAAAUUAA